AUGGAGUUCGACUACGAGCCGCUGGACGAAGCACGCAACGAAAUUCGCGUGCUCUCUUUUUCCCAGCCUGACGACACACCGCCUUCGCCCGAGCAUGCAGACCUCGUCCGCUGCACCCUGGAGCGCGUCUCGCUGGAUGAGACGCUGGACCACUACUCGCAAUUUGUCGUGUCGACGCCGCCGCUGUCGCGCCGCAGCAGCUAUGACCUCUGGCAUGAGGAGACCAACAACCGCUACCGCUCGCGAGGAGCCGACACCCCGCCCGACCGCGCUUCUGCCCAUGCCCGCUACCACCGCUUCGCCUGGGGUGACUACGGCGCCUUGAGCUACACCUGGGGCGACCAGUCGCAGUCCCGCCCCAUCCUGCUGAACCGCGUCCUCUUCCUCGUCCGUCCCAACCUCGAGGCCGCUCUACGCCGCCUAGCCCGCUACCCCGACUACGCCAACGGCUUGAAGCUAUGGGUCGACGCCAUCUGCAUCAACCAGCGCGACCUGCGAGAGCGCAGCCGCCAGGUCCGCCGCAUGGGCGACAUCUUCAGCCGCGCCCUGAUCGUGACCAUCUGGCUGGGCGAACUGUCCGACACCGAAGGCAUGUCGGAGCUGCAAGGCCUCGUCUCGCGCUGCCGGGACCCCUCCACCACCCACGACGCCGUCGAGAGCGCCCUCGCCGACCCCGACCUCAGCUCCGCCCUCCACGCCGCAGUCGACCGCCUCGUCACCGUCACCUACUGGACCCGGACGUGGAUCAUCCAGGAGAAGUGCCUCGCCCCGUCCAACGCCUCGCUCCUCUUCGGCCCCCACGUCUUCAGCCUCAUCCCGCUGCGCAACUUCCUCGCCUGCGCCAACAACAUCGCCGGCGCCAUCGCCAAGCGCGAAAAGGCCUGGCACAUCCUCCAGCUCAUGGACCUCGCCGUGCGCCACCAAGAGCGCCAGCCCCUCCAAGACCAACGCAGCGCCGCCGAGCAGCGCGCAGCCGACACGGACGACCUCGCCCUGCUCCUCAUGCUCGGCCGCCUCGCGCACACGACGGACCCGCGCGACAAGCUGUACGGCCUGAUGGGCCUGCUGCCGCGCCCCGUCGCCCGCCACAUCGACCCGGACUACGCGCUGCCCGUCGCGCGCGUCUUCGCCGACUUCGCCGCCGCCCUCGUCCGCGGCCUCGGCUCCCUCGACCUCGUCCUGACCGGCCACUCGCCGCCUGGCCCCUCGUCCUUCGCGUCCCCCUUCAACGCCGUUGUGCCCAGCUGGGUCCCCGACCUCGCCGACCGCUGGGACCCGUACCUGUGGAGCUCGGGCGGCUGCGACGCCACCCGCGGUCGCCACGAAGGGGAGGAGAUGAUGAUGGAGUGCGACAUCGUCGACGCCGGCCGCGUGCUCGUCGUCAAGGCCUUCUUGUGCGAUGUCGUCGCCGCCACGGCGCCGCGGCUCGGUUGGGCCGAGGGCGUGCUGAGCGUGCUCGCCGAGGGCUGCUGCGACGGUGCUGCUGUCGCGCCGCCGCAGCCGCAGCCGGACGCGGAUCUCAAAUCCGCCAUCGUGCGCACGCUGCAUCGCGAUGCGUCGCUUGACUGUUACGGUUCGGCUACGUUGCUUGAUGUGCCGUGGUUGGAUGGGCUGAGGCCGUUGGAGGAGGAGGAGGAGGGAGAGGGAGAGGCCGCCGCCGCCGACGACGACGACGACGACGGCGGCGGCGGCGGGAAAGAAGGAGGAGGAGGAGAAGGAGGAGGAGAAGGAGGAGGAGGAGAAGAAGAGCAGAAGCGGCGGCGGCGGCGACGACAAGUACAAUCGCUUCUCGCCCGCGGCUGGGGCCCCAUCUUGCGCCACGCCAAUUUCGCCGACUUCCAACAGUUCCGCGCGAGACUGGACGAGGCGGGCUUCGCGCCGUGGCCGGGCCGGAGGUUCCGCGACUUCUUUCCGCGCGCGGUGGACGACGACGAGGUACCGGACGGAUUGAUGGAGAGAGGAGCGGUGGAACUGGAGGAUCUGUCGCGGGACGACGGCCGCCGCGCUGAGUUCGUCGCCGCGCUCGACAGGCACGCCGGCCUCGUGUAUCCCGUCUUGACUACUCGGCGGGGGCUGUUCGGGACGAGCGUCCAUCCGACCCAAGUGGGUGAUGUGGUGGCGGUUGUGUUGGGGUGUUAUGCGCCGGUGUUGCUGAGGCGGGAUGCCAGUGGCGAUGCGUGGAGGGCGGUGUCGCAUUGUUAUGUGGAGGGGUUGAUGAGGGGGGAGGCGAUGGGGUGGUUGGAGAAGGGGGAGGGGGCGUUGGAAGUUUUGAGGAUUGUGUAG